AUGGUCGAGCCGGCAGGGGACGGCCUACAGCUUCUCCAUGCUUCAAUAGUGCUGAUUAUCCUAGCCUGGCUCACAUUCAUUGCACGGACAUCAGUUCGUGUUUGGCGAAAAGCAUUGGGCUGGGAUGACAUUUUGAUGUUGAUAGGCCUCCUUCUCUUCACAGUGACAGCUUCCUUAUGCAUUGUCUGCAGCUAUCUCGGAUCUGGUCAGCUUGCUGCCAAGCUGCAUCCCAGUGAUAUCAUGAAAGGAACCAAGCUCUUCUUCAUCGCCGAAUACUUCUACGCCUCCAGCACUGUCUUCAUUAAGAGCAGCAUCGCCAUAACUCUCCUUCGAAUCGCCGAAUCUCGUCGUCGCUACAGGUGGAUUAUUUGGAGCGUCAUCAUCGCCACGAGCAUUUCCUGCAUCGUAUUCAUAGCCGGCAUUUCCAACAUUUGCCAUCCCAUCACUACUCUAUGGGGCGAAACUACUACCGGCACGUGCAAUCUUGAACUUAACAGCGAUGUCAGCUUCUUCUUUUCUGCUAUAGAGAUCAUCACCGACUGGACGUUGGCGAUUCUCCCUGGAGCCUUGUUGUGGAAGAUCCAGAUGAAGCGCAGGGUUAAGCUUUCGGUAGCUAUGAUUCUGGGGAUGGGCGCAUUUGCAAGCUGCGCAACAAUUGUUCGACUACGCUACCUAACUCUGUACAACAACCCGGCAGAGUUCAUGUUUGGCACCGGCAGGAUUGGCCUCUGGUCCAUCAUCGAAGAAGGCAUUGGUAUCGUCGCUGGCUCUCUACACGCUCUUCGCCCUCUCCUCUCACUGCCCAUCUUUGGCGGUAGCUCCAGCGGCGGCAACACCAGUGGAUCAGCUUCGAAUAAUAAAUUCAUGCGGUCAGGGAGUGGACAUCAUCCGGGGAUGCGUAACGACAUUCAAUUGGACACGUUUCACCAGCUAGCAGAUACAGAUGGGGAUGGGGAGAGCGCCAAGCAUAUUUUAAAGGAGACGAAAGUUACGAUGGAGAGGAGCGAUCGAGCUGCUUCACCGGGAGAAUACGGCAGGAGUCAGGUCCUAGGGUGGAAGAAGAACAAUUUUGAGGGCUGA